AUGCCGUUUGGAGUUCGACGACUGACCACACCGAUGGGACGCACUUCAAUCAAUGACAUUGACGAGUUGCAGCAUUUGGGAAAGUACGUUGCGUCGUCGUCAAAAUACAGUCGAGGUCUGAAUCUAUCAGCAUUGGAACGUCUGAAAAAGGCACGUGAACAAACGCAACAGUCGCUACGUCGAAACAAACCGGGUGGCCAAUCGUAUUGGGUAGGCAGUAGAGUGUGCCGUGUCGCUUUCACUGAGUGUAGAUUAUCCUACCAGAGGGACUGA